GUUUUGAAGGGGGAAGGAGUCGGGAAGAAUUCACCUGGCUUCGCGAUCUCCCUGCAAACCGAUUGGCUGUGAACGGGCCGUAUGAAAGUGAAUACUUCAGGGCUAUUUGAUUGCUCCAGGCAACUGUUUACCUUUUGUUUGGUGUCAUCCACGUAGACAAUUUCCAAUUAUACAAAUGGUUUCAGAAGCUAAUGUUGGGAUGCCUCGAUUAUUGACACAAAGUUGACGGAAUUUCGCCGUUUAUCCUGGACGCGCACGCAGUUGCUUUCUAAUUGUUUCUGCAAGAAUAUGAAGCCUUCCGAACUGGGGUUAAUCAUCUGUUGUUUAUUGUUAUUUUACUUCAUCCAUGGGCCGUCUUGUGGACAAGCUAGUGCAGAAAUACCAAUUGAAGACACUCCGCAGUUUCACAGCCAAAACCAUGAACGAAGCCAUUUACUUGCACACUUAGCUGACAGAAUGGAUCUAGAUGGGGAAGGAUUAAGACAUAUUCAGAAACACCUUAGUGAAGUAGCUGGAGAAUCUGAAAAAGAUGUAGAAGAUGUUGCAGCUGGUGACAAUGCUAAAGGUAUAUUUUAUUUCUUCAAGUUACAUGAUUAUGAUGAUAACCAAAAACUUGAUGGACUAGAAUGGCUGAAGGCUCUAACAGAUUUUCACCAAGAGGAUAAUGACAAGGGGGAAUUUAAGGAAGGAGGUCGUGUGUUCCUUGAGCAUGAGGCAGAAGCUAUCAUAGAUGAACUACUAACAAAACAUGACAUGGAUGAUGAUGGUAUGAUUGACUUUUUGGAACUCAUGAACUCAAGAGUCGAGUCUUUCAUGACAGAUUUGGACAAGCCUGCACCAGGAGGAGAUGGAGGUGAACAGCAACAGCAGUAUGUUGAAGAACAGUCAUCACUGGAGCAAGAAUUCAAACAACUUCAACAAGGUCAACAGCCUUCGGAGCACGAUCAGCCACAACAUGAAAGUGAACCACAGGACACCCGACAACGACAAGACCAACAAGAAGAACACAGUCAACAAGAGACCAAUUCUGAGGAACUGAAAGGUGAUCAAGAACAGCAAGACAAUCAGCGGCAGCAUGAACCUUCUUUAGAUGAUGAAUAUAAACAACAACAACAGCAACAUGAACAGGAAGACCAACAAGAAGAGCAAAAUCAACAAGAACAUAAUCCUGAUGAACCUGAUCAAGAGGAGCAAGACAAUCAGCAGCAACAUGAACUUUCUUUAGAUGAUGAAUAUAAACAACAACAACAGGACGCCCAACAGCAAGAACAUAAUCCUGAUGCAACACAGGGUGAUCAAGAUCAACAACACAAUCAAGAACAAAGAGAACCUUCGUUAGAAGAUGAAUAUAAUCAGCAACAACAACAGCAGUAGCAAUAACAUAAGAUAAUUAUGACAAUUUGAGAAAAUUAAUCAAUAAGUGUGUAAUAAUAACAUCUGAGUUUAGCCUCCAAUGCUGUUGUCCUUAAUGGGCUCACCAAGCAAUCUUUUCUUGCAUGACAAACCCAAAGAUUGUCGCCAAACAAACUUACUACAUGGUCUUGUUAAAUUAUGCACCCAGUGCCAUACUCUUUCUAAUAAAAUUCAAAUGCUUAGCUAGAA